CAAGUAAUCAAGAGGCAACUGAGGAGUCAGAGGAGGAGAAUACCUGGGCUGUCGGCGCAGCAGCAAAUACCGACAGCCCCAACAAAACAAACUGGGCAACACCCGGCCAGUGUGUGGAGUAGUCUGCAAACGGUUCCUCUUUACUGCAACAACAAUACAGGCAGAAAGACUUUACCCGCACUCACCCAGUGUCUGGGUUUUUGACACAAUGAGCUGCAGCAGUGUUUCAGGAUCGGAGUUCUCUGAGGAAGAGCUAGAGCUCGGUGUGCUGUGCCAAGGGCAGGACGAGAGAAGUACCAAGGCAUCUUUCCAAGACAGCGAAGGCUCCGCGUGCAGCCCAAGUGACCUGGAGGAAGGCCAAACCAAGAAGCGCAAUCGCCCCGUCCGCUCAAAGGCACGAAGAAUGGCAGCCAACGUCCGCGAGCGGAAGCGCAUUAUGGACUACAACCAGGCCUUCAACGCCCUGCGCGUCACUCUGAACCACGACCUCAGUGGUAAACGCCUCUCCAAGAUCGCCACGCUGCAGAGGGCCAUCAACCGCAUCUCUGCCCUCUCUGUAUUCCUGAGCUCGAACCCCCCGAGCAAGCCCUGCACCCACCGGGAGUGCAACAGGUCAUCUGCAGGGCCAGCUGUGAUGGGAGCGUCUCGACUAGAGCACCCCAGGGCGGCGGUGCCUUGCGUGGAGCACCAGAGCUAUGGCGCCUGGCACGUGUCCAUCUCUCACCAGAUGCAGCAACAACAAGGGCCCCACGUCCACCGGGUGCCCACUGAGCCGCACGUCUACAUGGAUAACGCCGCGUCAUCGUGUCCCCCGUCUCCACACUACCCUUGUUAUCCCAACGAGGGACAGCUCUACGCCCCCUAUGGACACUGUGGCAGCCCCCACGACCAUCCGCCCAGCCCGGUGCAGUACCCCCAGGUGGUUGAGGGGUUGGGGUACCAGCAGGGCGUGUGGGCCUCCUGCGCGCAGAAAUACAUGGACGCCUUUGUGGAGCCUCCGCCUCCUGCUCUGGGAAUUCCCUGGCAGGUGAGCUACCCGGAGACCAGCCUCUCUCUGGGCUCUGACAUACUGUGACUUGGGGCGCCCCCCCAAUUUAAACGCUGAUUGAAGCUGAUCCUUCCAGUGAACUGCUGAAUGACCUCAAGGAGUAAAAGGCUUUUGUGUUCAGUAUUACAGGCUCUUAUUUCAGAACAGAGACAUUGUGAUGUAUUUAACAGCAAUAAAUAAAAGUGCAAUGGCAAUCCAGACUGCAGAAUGUUGUAUAUGUUGCUAAAUGUAUUUUGACCUGGCAUUUAAAAAAUGUUAAAUAUUAUUAAGAAUGUGUUACUGUGUUCUGUGGAUAAUUCACCUACGGAAUUGUAUUCCGAUUGUCUCAUUGUGAUUAUUUGGACGUCUGCAGAAGCGGAAAUGGUGUAACGUGAUAUUAAAAUGAAACAUAAGCGUAAAACCACAAAGACCACAAAUGGGACAAUGUUCCACACUGUUAUGUAACUGUCCUAUGUGUUUUCUAUCAAACAGUGGCUUAAUCUUGAGAAAAUGGGACAAAGAUUUGAUUGUGUAUUUAUUAUACUACGUAUUGCAUACGUUGUAAUGUUUGUAAAGAGUUGGUACAUAGUUUUUCAAAUUAAAUGUUGAAAUGAUACGA